AUGAGGCCGACUUUAGAGCUUUUACAGUCACAGUGUCUCCUGUGUGUGUUUGUCAGCGUGUGUGUGCCCACUGUUGUGGGCUCACUACCUCACACGCUGCCAUGGCACGUCUCGUGCCCGGUGCGGUGUGUGUGCCAGAUCAAGCCGUGGUUCUCCCCUGACUCUGUCUACCAUGAAGCUCCCACUGUGGACUGCAACGACCUGCUGUUGACCACGCUCCCCUUGCCUCUACCCCCGAACACGCACACCCUGCGCCUGCAGAGCAACCUGCUCUCUGAGCUGGACACUGAGGUGCUGCACGGGCUCCUCAACCUCACCGACCUUGACCUUUCCCAGAAUCGCUUCAGUCGUGUCAGGCCAAUAACUCAGGGCUCCUCCCUGCCCUCUCUGCUGUCUCUUCACCUGGAUGAAAACCAUCUCAGUCACCUCCCUGAGUCCUCUUUCUCCUCACUGCCAGCUCUGCAGGAACUCUUUCUUAGCCACAACAACUUACAUUCAAUAGCCCCUGGAGCCUUCAUUGGUCUGGACUCUCUACUGCGUCUUCAUAUCAACAACAACAGACUCGCCACCAUCAACCCUUGGUGGUUCAGGGCUUUGCCUAGCUUGGAAGUCCUCAUGCUUGGGGGAAACCCAGUGGAGGCUCUUCCUGAGAAAGGCUUCCUGGCUCUAAAAUCCCUCAGGAGUCUUGUGCUUGGGGGGAUGGGUCUGAGAGGCCUGGCUGAGGAGGCGUUGGACGGGCUGGACAGCUUGGAGAGCCUCUCCUUCUAUGACAACCUGUUGACCAAGGUCCCCACACAGGCGCUGAGGAGAGUGCCCGGACUGAAGUUCCUCGACCUCAACAAGAACCGCAUCAAACUGAUUGAGACAGGAGAUUUCAGAGACAUGGUCCACCUGAAGGAGCUCGGCCUGAACAACAUGGACGAUCUUGUUUCUAUUGAGGAAGCCGCUCUGGAGAAUCUUCCUGAGCUCACCAAGCUGGAGAUCACCAACAACCCUCGUCUGUCCUACAUUCACCCACAGGCUUUCCUCCAGCUAAGCAGGCUGGAGAGUCUCAUGCUCAACUCCAACUCUCUCAGCGCUCUGCACCAGCACAUCAUGGUCUCUCUGCCUAGUCUGCAGGAGGUCAGCCUCCACUCCAACCCACUACGAUGUGACUGCUUGUUUCACUGGGCGGCCUUGCAGAAAGACACACAAACGGAUACAGAGACAGCUCGCAUGGUGCGUUUCAUCCAACCACAGGCCACCUUGUGCUCUGAACCACCGGAGCUCAGAGCUCGCAGAGUGAGAGAGGUGUCUUCUAGGGAGAUGUCAGCCUUCUGCCUCCCUAUCAUCCCUGCCAGCUCCCUCCCAUCAUAUGUGGGAGUAAGAGAGGGAGGCAAACUGGUUUUGCACUGCAGAGGUCUUGCCGAUCCACAGCCUGAAAUGUACUGGGUGACUCCCUCUGGGAUGAGACUAAGUCCUACACCCAGACUCGCAACCAAAGGUUUACCAGCUCCGGCUCCCUGCCCCAGGCUGACACCCACUGAGGGAUUCAACCGCACAUCCUCCUCAAGCCCUGCUAGAAAUGAUACUGCCUGUAACCCCUCCAAACACUACCGGCUACUUCCUGAGGGAACGCUGGAGAUCAACAAGGUCACUCCCAACGAGGCUGGAUUAUAUACCUGUAUUGCUGAGAAUGUUCUAGGAGCAGAUACACGCAGCGUUACUGUGGGUGUACACAGCAGAAAAAAGAACAGAAAAGGGGGCAAGUCCGCUAAUCUGAAGGGAUUUUCAUCAUUCAGAGUGGAUGCGGGGUUGGUGGUGAGGGAGGUCGAACAACAUUAUGCUGUGUUGUCCUGGCAUAGUAGGCGCAACCUCCCUUCCACUCGCCUUUCCUGGCAAGCCAUAUACUCAAACGCCCACACUCCUAUAUACACUACACGCAUCUUGGCUGGCACGCAGAGUUUCAACCUGACCCACCUGCAGGCACAGACCUUUUAUCGCGUGUGCCUACAUUUAGAGACUGUCCACGAUGUCAAGCAUGCCAACAGGAGGUUGAGAGAGAGGGGUAAUCCUCAGUGUGCCUCAUUCAAGACGAAGGAUAUCCCAGAGCCCAAGCCCGGCCUGCAGCUCAGCCCGGAGCUGACUUCCACAGCAGUGACACUUCUGCUGCUCACGCUCAUACUGCUGCUGCUGGCAGGUCAGAGCUGGGACACUCUGCCCAAGGAGGGGGCUCAAGAGACCCACGAUACCCUUCUGCUGGAAAUCAAAAGUCCCAAGGCUCUGAUCAUCAAUCAUAACACACAAGAGAGCAACGGACAUCAGCCAAUGCAGAGUGAGAAGCUGCUUUUACAUGAGGACUGCUGA